AUGAAGGUGACCUACACCUGUGCCCGUGACCUACACCUGUGCCGUCUGGCUUCCACCACUGAAAGGCAGGCUCCCAGGUCCACUCCCAUGAAGGUGACCUACACCUGUGCCCGUCUGGCUUCCACCACUGAAAGGCAGGCUCCCAGGUCCACUCCCAUGAAGGUGACCUACACCUGUGCCCGUCUGGCUUCCACCACUGGAAAGGCAGGCUCCCAGUUCCACUCCAUGAAGGUGACCUACACCUGUGCCCGUCUGGCUUCCACCACUGAAAGGCAGGCUCCCAGUUCCACUCCCAUGAAGGUGACCUACACCUGUGCCCGUCUGGCUUCCACCACUGAAAGGCAGGCUCCCAGGUCCACUCCCAUGAAGGUGACCUACACCUGUGCUUCCACUGAAGGGGAAACUGCUGGCUCCACUCCCAUGUAUAUGUCCUACUCCCGGUCCUGUGUGGCUUCCGCUGAAGGGGAAACUGCUGGCUCCACUCCCAUGUAUGUGCCCAGUGAAAGGGAAACUUCCUUGUCCAACGAAGGGGGAACUUCUAGAAGGACUACCGUGUCCGAGACCGUCGACAGCGCCGCCAGGAAGGCCCGUCCAUGUGCCCUGGUUGCCGGUUGAUGUCCCCAGAAUAACUCUCCUGAUCCGAGGGCCGUCUGGUCCAUGCCAUACGAUCAAUCCCCUGGUAAGUGGACCACUAGCAAAAGGGCCAUAGUAACGAUACUCAGAUUGUCCUCCACUGUGGUGGCCAUGGUUUGCUUGCCAGGGGCCAUGUGGGACUGUCAUGGCCAUGGAUAUGUUGCAAAAGACAAAGACAACAGAGAAGAUCAUCUUCAACACAGGGCGAAGACUAAGGCCAGCCGAACACA